AUGCAAGAAGAGCCGCCAGUCCUGCACAAAGCACCGCCGCUUGACCCAGCAUGGCUCCAACACGAGCAAGAAGCCAACCUCCUGGCCCCAAAGCCACCCAUGGACCCCCUCGUCAGACAACAAGUCUACGCAGCACAGUGCCGUGAGCGCAACGGCGCCAUGAUGGCCCCCGGGGCAAGAGACCACCACCUCGCGCAGGGCAUCAAGACGCAGACGACGUGUGUGCCCUCGACCCUGGACGGGUAUGACAUCCCCAUUCUGCAGUACGACCGGAUCUCGGGGCCCGAGCCAGGGUGGGUAGCCAUAUACUACCACGGCGGCGGUCUGCUCGUCGGUGAAGCCGACAGCGAGGACGUGAGCUGCCGGCGCAUCCUUAAAGACACGGAGUCAUUCCUCCCCGGGCUGCGGCUGUACUCGGUCGGGUACCGGCUCCAGCCCGCUCACCAGGCGACCACCAUCGUACAGGACUGCGUCGACGCGUUCGAUUUCGUCACCGGGCACCACCCGCAGGCAAAGGUCCUUGUGGUUGGCUCAUCGAGCGGCGGCCAGCUCGCCGCGCUUGUGACGCAGCGGAUGCCGAAGGCGAGCUUCCACGGCGUCAUCCUGCGCUGCCCGGUAACUAGCGACGCGUUCAGCGGGAGGGAGUACGUCCCGGAGGGCCUCCGGAAUCUGCACACCAGUGCAUGGGACAGAAGUUUCGACACGAGUCUCCUGGGUUUCAUGAAAAGGGACCUCCCCAGAGACGGGCUAGAGAGAAUGCCGCUUGAAGCUAGGGAGGAGAGCUUGAAGGGGAUGCCGAAGACGUGGAUUCAGGUGUGCACGAAUGAUGUGUUGUACUCGGACGGGGCGUGCUAUGCGACGGUCUUGAGGAAUGCCGGGAUCGAGGUCAGGAUCGAUGUUGUCUGCGGAUGGCCACACACGUUUUGGUUGAAGGCUCCGCACUUGCAGAGGGCGCUUGAGGCGGAUACGGCAAUGCUUGAAGGGUUGGCUUGGAUAGCCGGGCCGACCGAUUGA